AUGCACUUUUUAACACCAGUUUCAAUUAUUUCAUUGGAUCUACUUUGCUACAAAGGAAAAAUUGAUAAUUUCACCCUCUACAAUGAGAGACCAGUUUCAAAUAUUUCAUUGGAUCUACUUUGCUACAGAGGAAAUAUUGAUAAUUUCACACUCUACAAUGAAUUCCAUAUGCUAGCAUUUUCGAACUAUCCAAAUGUCCAAUAUGUGUUUUUUAUUGGUCUGUUAUUUAUUUAUUUGUUUGGCAUGCUUGGAAACAUGUUAGUUACUUUAAUUGUAUGCCGAACUCAGCAGUUGCAUACCCCAAUGUACUUUUUUCUGUGUAAUCUAACAGUCUUGGAUAUUUUAUACAUCUCUGCCAUCUUGCCAAAGCUGUUGUUUAUAACAAUCACGGGUGAUACCAUCAUCUCCUAUCAAGGAUGUUUUACGCAAGUUUUUUUCUAUGUUUUUUGUAUUGGCACAGAAUUUUUUUUGUUAACUUCUAUGGCAUAUGAUCGAUACAUCGCCAUUUGCAUUCCGCUUCACUACAUUCUUAUAAUGAGCAAAAUCAUUUGCUUAACCCUGAGCUUAUUCUGCAUCAUUCUAGGUACAUUUAAUGCCUUGAUGUAUGUGUUGUUGAUAUCUAAGUUAUCAUUCUACAGUUUCAGUGAAAUUAAUCAUUUCUUUUGUCAUAUGAAGACAAUACUUAGUAUCUCCUGUAGUGACAGCAGUAGCAUAUCAGUCCUAAUAAAUGUAGAUGGUUUAGUUUUGGGUUUGUUACCCUUUAUACUUAUUCUUAUAUCUUACAUGUACAUUAUAUCUACAGUUAUGAAGAUCCACACAUCUUCAGGAAGACUAAAGGCAUUUUCCAGCUGUUCUGCUCAUAUCACCAUUGUUCUUUUAUUUUGUCUCACAUCUCUUACUCUUAAUAUAAAACCAGAAUCUAGGUUUUCUCAGGAACAAAAUAAACUGCUCUCUAUACUGUACAUUGGUGUUGUUCCAAUGUUAAAUCCCCUGGUAUACAGUCUGAGAAACCAAGAAGUCAAAAAAGCCAUAAAAAAACUAUUUCAAGACAUUAACCAAUGUUUUUGCCAUGAUAAAAUGUAAGAUUUAUGUGAAAUCUCCGCUGGCAAAUGGAAAUGCAAACGCUUACCCCCGUAGGUGCCGCUGGUGAUAAUCGCUGUUCUGCCACAACUCUGAAAAACGGUUGGUCCCCACUGACACACCAGGUUAGAGGUAGAGGACCUCUCACCCCUGAAUAACAUAAGCUUUAGUAAGUCACAAAUAUGUAACAUUGUACAGAAAUUAGGCCACAGACUAACAGGUACAUUAAGUAAGUGUAUUAUGUCAAAGCAGGUAAACAGUUCAAGACUUAAGGCUCGUACAAACUAUAAGAAAAUCAGACGAAGACUUUCGUCCAAAGAAUUUUCCGACAAUUAUCGCAUAGUGUUCACACAACUUUGACAGCCGAUUCCGAAUUUUCAUAUGAAAAUUCUAGGGCUGUGGAAGUUAACUAUUAAUUCAUCGAUUAAUCUUUAAUAACAUGCCGGCGGGAUCUUACUA